UAUUUCCAAAAAUAUGUGACAUGCUUCCUGCUUUUCACAAAGUACAAAUGCCUAAUUAUUCAUCGAGCAAAAGUACAUUUCCUAAUAUUGACAAAAGGAAUUCAAUGGGUGAAGCAAAAGAUAAUUUUCCAAAACCUGAGAGAAAGAAAAAAUUAUCAGGCCCUAGGAUCACAUUAAUACAUCCUGAUGAAACACUUGUUGUUAUCACACUGGAGGAGGCACAAAAAAUAGCUAAAAGACGUAACUUGAAAUUAGUAAAAAUUGUGGAUAUAGAUACAAAAACUGACCGAGCAACUUAUAAACUAAUGACAGGCACAGAAUAUUUUCAGGAAGAAAUGAAACGUAAAGAACAAAAAGCUUCUCAAAAGAGUAACGCAUUAAAACCCACUAAAUUAAUGGUAAUUUCAACUCGUAUAGCUGAAUUUGAUUUGGUAUCAAAGAUUAAAAAUAUCAAUAAAUGGUUGAUCAAGAACCAUGAUGUUCGCAUUCUUAUUUCUGUUGAGAACAAUAAAGAAACAUCUGAAGUCUUGUUUCAGAGGAUAAUCAAAGAUACAAAAGACAAUUGUCGAUUAAUAAAUGAGAGACAUGUUGCUGGCAGUAUUAAAUUUCAUCUACAUCCUUUACUCGACUCCAAAGAUUCUUUAAAUAAGGAUGCAGCAUCUUCAAAGAGUACUCCUGAAAAUCAUGUUUAAUCAUUCAUAAGAUUGUUACUUAAAUUUUACUGUAAAUACUAAAUUGCCCACGAUUGAAGUAGAGUUCUAAUAAAAAGACUAUAUUUAAAGUGCAAAAGGAAUUGCAUAAAAGCAUUGUUGACAAAAAAAUAGUCUGUCUAGUAAUAUUUUGAUGGAAGUUGGUAGCCCUAAUAUGUCUUCUGCUAAUUUUAAGGUUAAGUCAAACAAGUAAUACAUUCAUGGGAAUAUUUUUCCAUUUUUCAUAACAAAAUAGUAAAAUGUCAACACGAUGGUAUCCAGUUUAUCAAAAAGGCAAUCCUCAACUGAGAGUAUUCCUACCAAAUUUCUGGUUAAAAAUUGUGAACCCUACUAUGAAGCAGCCAAAAAACGUUGUACAGUUUCACUGUUCUAUGGAAAUGACAGUUCUAGAUGUGAAACAGUACCUAAAGAAAAUAUAUGACGUUCAUCCAGUUCAAGUAAAUACACGAAUUCAACUUGGAAAAAUACGUCCAGAACCAUACAAGUCUAUUCUUACUAAAGAGGAGGAUGUUAAAGUAGCCUAUGUGGUUUUGCCAAAAGAUCAAACAUUUGAAUACCCACCUUUAUUUGAAAAAGAUGAUACCAAGGACAAAAAUGUAACAGACGAUAUGGCUGCCCUUGAGGAGGCAAAAAAAGGGUUUAAAGCAUUCAUAAAACGAAAUAAGGUGCCUGGAACACCUGGCUGGUUUGCUUAAUGAUACUGAUCAAUGAUAGUUAAUAUAAUAAAAUGCUUUUACAACACAAA